GGGCAUCCCACUCCCCACCCCCACCCCCAACUCAGCGCUCAGCGUCCCUUCCAGAGGGGGAAAGGAUCUGGAGGCCAGAUUUCUUCCCCCGCAGCUAAGCCUGCCCCUUUCCUUCCCAGCCAGAGGCACACAGCAACUGGAGCCAGAGCCUGCAGCCUCUCCUUCCCCAGGUGCCCUGGAGAAUUCUAUCUUAAUUAACCAGGAGACCUAGAGCACCGAGGAUUUUUGGAAAUGAAGCACGCGCCCGCUUUUUGUCUGCUUCCCUUCCUUCCGUCCCCACGAUGGCACCGAAAUUAAAAACAAAAACCCAAACCCAACGAACAAGGGAUCUCACCUACACAUGCCGCGGACAAAGUCUGGCAGAGGACCCAGACCCGGUCGGGUGUAAUGUGGUCAUUGCAUCUCGUAACUUGGAUAGAUUAAAAUCUGUUGCAACGGAACUGAAGGCCAGUCUGCCCCCCAACAACCAGGCUCAGGUCACUCCCAUAAAAUGCAACAUCCGCAAUGAAGAGGAGGUGGAGAAUUUGGUCAAAUCCACCUUAGAUGUUUACGGUAAGAUCAAUUUUUUGGUAAACAAUGGAGGAGGCCAGUUCACGUCUCCUACAGAACACAUCAGUGCAAAGGGAUGGCAUGCUGUGAUUGAGACCAACCUGACGGGCACCUUCUACAUGUGCAAAGCAGUUUACAAGUCCUGGAUGAAAGAGCACGGAGGAUCUAUUGUCAAUAUUAUUGUCCUUACUAGAAACGGAUUUCCAGGAUUUGUGCAUUCUGGAGCCGCUAGAGCAGGGGUUUACAACCUCACCAAGUCCUUGGCUGUGGAAUGGGCUAGCAGUGGAGUAAGGAUCAACUGUGUUGCCCCUGGAGUCAUUUAUUCCCCGACUGCUGUUGAAAACUAUGGUCCGUUGGCAAAAAACUUAUUUGGAGGGUUCUUUAAGAGAAUCCCAGCCAAGCGAAUUGGAGUUCCUGAGGAGAUCUCCCCGCUGGUCUGCUUCCUGCUGUCCCCUGCGGCUUCCUUCAUCACCGGACAGUUGGUGGAUGUGGACGGGGGCCAGUCCUUGUACACGCACAUCUUCGAUGUACCAGACCACGACAACUGGCCUGACGGAGCAGGGGACCUUUCUGUCGUCAAACAGAUGAAGGAGGAUUUCAGGAGUAAAAGCAAGCUCUAAGCUAAGGAAACUACACGUGUCUUUUGUCUCCAAAUGCCUUAAUGUCUCAAGAGUGCACUUUGGUACUUUCCAGGAGCUGAUAAUAUGAAGGGAACUAUCACUUUCUGCCUUUUAAUGUUAUCAGUCAUGCCUAUGCAAAAACUGUUCUUGAAAUAAUGCAUGUUUAAGCCCCAAACAACACUGUUUAGCCUGUGAUUAAAGAUUUCUGCUUUAGGAAUGGGGCUUAAUAUACUUUAUGAUGAUGCCUUUCAUUUCUAAGCAAGCUAAUUGAAAAAUGAAAUCAUUUCAAAUUAUUAAUAGAGGUAUCAUGAUCUCCCAAAAAGGUUUUAAUAUUUGGUUGUAAAGGUGGGCAGUAAACCUGGCCUCUGGAUGAUUCUUAAAACUCUGUAUAUAGAAGAUAUACAGUGUAUAGAGAUAGACAGUGAUUCAUGUCUCAUGGUGGGUAUCUUGCUUUUGGAGCCAUAAAGCUUUAUGAUAAUAAUCGAUGAUGAUUUGUUUUGUUCAUGAAGUUAGAUUUGCAUAAAGCCUCUUGAAUCAGAAGAGAAGUAGAGUCAUGUGCAGCAUUUCUUGGAAGUAUUUCAUUUGUGUCUUGAUUUCCAAUCUAAAGUAUUCCCUUUUCUUCAUGUUUCUCUUUUUGUAUGCAAAACAAGAAUUUUAAAUGAAAUGUUAUGCAAAUUAGGGUUCAGUAUCCUACCUUCACUUGACUUUUUUGGGCAAUGAUCCCAACUUCUGAAAUGCCUUUUAUAAAUUAUGUACAUUCAUUUUUUGUAUUAAUUAAACAUCUUUUAAUUGACUUAU